CGUUGGAUUCCCGAAGCGAGCGCGCGUCGAUCGUUCCGUUCAGUUUCAGUUUCGCUCCGCUCCCGAGGCUUUCUUCUAACUCUUCUCCGGAUCCAAUCCGAUCCGAUCCGAAACCAGUGCGUUCGUGUGCUUGUGUUUGCGACUCAGAUUCGGUUUAAUAUAGUGACCGAAAAUUGCUGAUAGUGCGUGAGAGCGUCAUUGCAGUCAAUUGAUUCCAAUUCCAAUCCCCAUUCCGGUAACGAGGUCCAGAAGAGCGUUCUCAAAAUGAGGGAAAUCGUACAUCUGCAGGCGGGCCAGUGCGGCAACCAGAUCGGUUCAAAGUUCUGGGAAAUCAUUUCCGAUGAGCACGGCAUCGAUCCCAAUGGCUACUAUCACGGGGAGUCGGAUCUGCAGCAUGAAAGGAUCGACGUUUACUACAAUGAGGCCAGCAGCGGCAAGUAUGUGCCCCGUGCGGUGCUCAUCGACCUGGAGCCAGGCACCAUGGACUCCGUUCGUCAGUCUCCUAUGGGCCAGCUCUUCCGACCGGAUAACUUUGUCUACGGCCAGUCCGGAGCCGGCAACAACUGGGCCAAGGGCCACUACACAGAGGGCGCCGAGCUGAUCGACUCCGUGCUGGAGGUCAUUCGCAAGGAGUCUGAGGGUUGCGACUGCCUGCAGGGCUUCCAGCUGGCCCACUCGCUGGGCGGUGGCACCGGUUCCGGCCUAGGCACGCUGCUCAUCUCGAAGAUCCGCGAGGAAUAUCCGGACCGCAUCAUGAACUCAUUCUCCGUGGUGCCUUCGCCCAAGGUGUCCGAGGUGGUGGUGGAGCCAUACAACGCCACGUUGUCGGUACAUCAACUCAUUGUGGACACCGAUGAGACAUUCUGCAUCGACAACGAGGCAUUAUAUGACAUCUGCUACCAGAGCCUGCGCCUCUGCUCGCCCACCUACGAGGAUCUCAAUCACCUGGUGUCCGUCACAAUGUCCGGCGUGACCACUUGCCUGCGGUUCCCCGGCCAGCUGAACGCCGAUCUGCGCAAGCUGGCAGUGAACAUGGUUCCCUUCCCGCGCCUGCACUUCUUCAUGCCCGGUUUCGCUCCUCUGACAGCCAAGGGAUCUCAGCAGUACCGUGCUCUGACCGUGGCCGAGCUGACCCAGCAGAUGUUCGACGCCAAGAACAUGAUGACCGCCUGCGAUCCCCGGCACGGACGCUACCUCACGGUGGCCUGCAUCUUCCGGGGUCCCAUGUCCAUGAAGGAGGUGGACACCCAGAUGCUCAACGUGCAGAGCAAGAACAGCAGCUACUUUGUCGAGUGGAUACCCAACAACGUGAAGGUGGCCGUCUGCGACAUCCCGCCCAGAGGCCUUAAGAUGUCCGCCACAUUCAUUGGCAAUUCAACUGCUAUCCAGGAGAUCUUCAAGCGCAUCUCCGAGCAGUUCACCGCCAUGUUCCGGCGCAAGGCCUUCCUCCACUGGUACACCGGCGAGGGCAUGGACGAGAUGGAGUUCACAGAGGCCGAGAGCAACAUGAACGAUCUGAUAUCCGAGUACCAGCAGUACCAGGAGGCAACGGCCGACGACGAAGUGGAGUUUGAUGAGGAGCAGGGCGAGCACGACGGCUACGAGUCGGAGGUCCUGCAGAACGGCAACCUCGAGUAAGGACCUGAAGCCUAACACAACCGUAGCUGUUUUCUGUAUACUAUUUUGUAAAUUAUUUUUGGCCCCAGCCGGGCUUUAAAUAAAUAAUUAGUAAAUAUAGAGAGUAAA